AUGCCAAACACCAAAAACCAACGUAACAGUCCGGUGGAAACUCACCGGCGAGGCAAAUUAACAGGGAAAUCAUCUUCUUUUUACGGUCACACUUCCUCCACGGCGGCUACGUUGGCCACUGCUCAAAUUCGGCGGCCGAAAACGAUGCCGGAACUCGUACUAGACAGAAAGCGUGCAGCAAAGACGACGACGACGCCGGAGAUUUUCCCGAGACAGCCGUCGAAGUUGCUGCUCAAGGUUACGAUGAUGGGGAGCCUUGGUCCUGUCCAAGUGUUGAUGACACCAGAAUCGACAGCUGGAGAUUUGAUUGCGGCGGCGGUGCGCCUAUACGUUAAAGAAGGCCGCCGUCCAAUCUUGCCGUCGAAUGAAGCUUCCCGCUUCGAUCUCCAUUACUCUCAGUUCAGCUUAGAAAGUUUGGAUAGAAAUGAGAAACUGAGGGAAAUUGGAUCAAGAAAUUUCUUUAUGUGUCCGAAGAAGUUUGGAGAGGGUGAGAAUAAUGGUGGAGAGAGUAGCGUAACGGCGUCGUCUGGAACAUGUUCGAGAGAAGCGGGGAAAGCGAGCAAAGGUUUUGGUUUGUUAAGGUGUAUGGAUUUCUUGCUGUGA